AUGUCGGUCACCGUCAGCGAGCUUGACGCGACUGUCAAGGCUUUUCAAGAAGGCCAUGGCGAAAUCCAGAAACAGGCUCAACAGAAGCUCAACGAGUUCAAAUCAAAUCCCGAUGCGUGGCUGAUGGUGGACAGAAUCUUGCAAGAGGCGACGUAUGUGCCGACAAAAUACCUGGGUCUUCAAGUGUUGGAUGAUGUGGUCAACACCAGAUGGAAGGUUCUCCCUCGCGAUCAGUGCUUGGGCAUUCGUAACUUCGUGGUAAACCAGAUCCUCCAGGCUUCCGAGACCGACGAGUCGCUCAAGGCCAACAAGCUCUUCCUCAACAAGUUGGAUCUGACCUUGGUCACCAUCCUCAAGCAAGAAUGGCCUCACAACUGGCCCAGCUUCAUCAACGAAAUCAUCUCUGCUUCCCACACCGGUCUGUCUGUUUGUGAGAACAACAUGACCAUUUUGCGACUGCUGUCGGAGGAGGUUUUCGAUUUCUCUCAGGAUCAGAUGACUUCCACCAAGGCGAAGAACCUCAAGACGACCAUGUGCGCCGAGUUCUCGUCCAUCUUUCAGUUAUGCAACGAGGUGCUCACAACAGCCACUUCCAUAAGCUUGGUCAAGGCGACGUUGGAGACAUUACUGCGAUUCCUCAACUGGAUCCCUCUGGGAUUCAUCUUUGAGACAAAGCUCAUCGACACGCUUGUCGGCCGGUUUCUUGAGGUCGAUGAAUUCCGCAACAUUUCCCUGAAGUGCUUGACUGAAAUUGGCGGUCUGCAAUUGGGACAACAAUUUCAGUAUGACGAUAAGCUUGUGCAAAUGUUCACCGAGACCCUGACUGUCGUUGCUCGAACCCUUCCGCUCGACACUGACUUUCGCGAUGCAUACUCCAAAGCCAAGUCCCGGGAACAAGAAUACAUCCUCAACCUGGCAAUAUUCCUCACCAACUACUUUUCAGCCCACCUGCAGACUAUCGAAAGACUACCGAAUCCCGAUUAUCUCCUCCACGGUCACUUCUAUCUUAUUAAGAUCAGCUUGAUUGACGACAGAGAGAUCUUCAAGAUUUGCCUAGAAUACUGGAACAAGUUAGUGCAAGAGCUCUAUGAAGAGAUGCAGCAACUCCCCAUUACCGAACUCAAUCCUCUGGUCAGCAUGGGUGUCAGCGGUCUGGCCAAUGGUGGCGCUCCACAUCCCAGCAGUCUUGCCAACUAUCCCCUACGCAAGCACAAGUACGCUCAAGUCUUGACGAGUUUGAGGCAGGUGAUGGUCGAAAAGAUGGUACGACCGGAAGAAGUCCUAAUCGUUGAAAAUGACGAAGGUGAAAUUGUUCGCGAAUUUGUCAAAGAGAGCGACACCAUUCAGCUCUAUAAGACCACCCGUGAGUGCCUAGUAUACUUGACCCAUUUGGACGUCGUGGACACAGAGAACAUCAUGUCAGAGAAGCUUCAGCGACAGGUUGACGGUUCAGAGUGGUCAUGGAACAACUGCAAUACCCUCUGCUGGGCUAUUGGCUCAAUAUCAGGUGCUAUGUCUGAAGAGACGGAGAAACGAUUCUUGGUCACUGUGAUCAAGGACCUACUCGGCCUGACCGAGAUGAAACGAGGCAAGGACAACAAAGCGGUAGUGGCCAGCAACAUUAUGUACAUUGUCGGCCAGUACCCACGCUUUCUGAAGGCACACUGGAAGUUCUUGAAGACUGUGGUCAACAAGCUCUUCGAGUUCAUGCACGAGACCCAUGAGGGUGUGCAGGACAUGGCUUGCGACACGUUCAUCAAGAUUGCCAACAAAUGCAAGCGCCACUUUGUCGCCCUACAACCUGGUGAGACCGAACCGUUCAUUGAUGAGAUUGUGCGUAAUAUGCGCAAGAUCACCUGUGACCUCACCCCUCAACAAGUACACACAUUCUACGAAGCUUGCGGUUACAUGAUCUCUGCUCAGGGCCAGAAGAGCGUGCAAGACCGACUGAUCAGCGACCUUAUGUCCUAUCCGAAUCAAGCGUGGGACAGUGUGAUCCAGCAAGCGAACUCGAAUCCAGCCAUUCUGCACGACCCUGAGAUCAUCAAAGUUGUCGGAAAUAUCAUGAAGACGAAUGUGGCAGCAUGCUCCUCCAUUGGCAGCUAUUUCUAUUCCCAGAUUGGACGCAUCUACCACGAUAUGCUGAACAUGUAUCGCGCUUCAAGUCAACUUAUUUCUGACGCUGUCGCCUCCGGAGGAAAUGUCCAGACGAAGACACCGAAAGUCCGCGGCCUGCGUACGAUCAAGAAAGAGAUCUUGAAACUCGUGGACAUCUAUGUACAGAAAGCGGAUGAUCUGCCCAUGGUCAACGAGAGCAUGGUGCCUCCUUUGCUUGAUGCGAUUUUACUCGAUUACCAACGCAAUGUUCCCGAUGCGCGAGAUGCCGAAGUCCUCAGCGUCACCACCACCAUCAUCCACAAGCUACAUAAUCUGAUGGACGACAAGGUUGGUCCGAUUAUGGACGCGAUAUUCGAAUGCACACUCGAGAUGAUCAACAAGGACUUCCACGAGUAUCCGGAGUUCCGCGUGGAGUUUUUCAAGCUCCUACAAGCGAUCAACCUAUUCUGCUUCCCUGCGCUGCUUAAACUGGAUGGUCGGCAGUUCAAGUUUGUGAUUGACUCCUGCAUGUGGGCAAGCAAGCACGACAACCGAGAGGUGGAGAACACCGGCUUGUCGAUGUGCCUGGAAUUGAUCAACAACAUGGCCGAGACGGAUCCACAAACAGCGGGCAUAUUCUUCCAGCAGUUCUACAUCUCUAUACUCCAAGAUGUGUUUUUCGUCUUGACGGACUCGGACCACAAAGCAGGAUUCAAAUCACAGUGUAUGCUCCUUGCGCGCAUGUUCCAACUUGUUGAGACCAACAAGAUAUCGCAACCGUUGUACCAACCUGACCAGGCUGCGCCAGGGACGUCGAACAAGCAAUAUGUGAGCGAGUUCACGUCGAAUCUCCUCCAGCGCGCCUUCCCCAACUUGAAGGAGAUUCAAGUGCAGCUUUUCGUGAGCGGGCUGUUCACCCUCAACGAGGAUGCCACCAAGUUCAAAACUCACGUGCGCGACUUCUUGAUCUCCCUUAAGGAAUUUGCUGGUGACAACGCCGAAUUGUUUGCAGAGGAGCGUGAGCAGGAGAAGAAGGCCCUUGCCGACGCAGAACGCGAACGAGGCCUGAAGGUGGGCGGUCUGAUCAAGCCAGCAGACCUGGAUGGAGACGAUGAGCUAUGA